AUGGCAACAGGAGACCUAAAAGGAAGUUUAAGAAAAAUAGAACAAGGACUUCGCUUGUUAAAUUAUCCAAGAGAUGUGGAUUAUACACUGUUAGUAAAGGGUGAUCCAGCUGCAUUUUUACCUAUCAUCAGCUAUUCUUUUACAUCUUUUUCAACUUGCAUAGCAGAACUUUUGGUAAAGUGUGAUGUGGAACUCACAGCAAAGAGUGACUUGCGUUUUAUUGAAGCUAUUUACAAGCUUCUUCGAGAUCAAUUUCAAUAUAAACCAAUUUUAACAAAACAGCAGUUUCUUCAGUUUGGCUUUGCAGAAAGAAAAAUGCAGAUUGUUUGUGACAUUAUCAACUGUGUGGUGAAAAAAGAUAAGGAAUUAAGUAACUCGAAUAAGGUUAAAUCCCAAACAAGGAAAAAACUCAGAUCUUUUAAAUAUGAAGUAUGGUCAAAUUGUGAUAAUGUCCUUGCUGAUUCUAGUGGCAAUACUCUGAAUUCCAAACAGGUAUGAAAACCACAAGUAGAACGGCAUGCAGGAAAUGAAGUUAGUGAUGACCUUCAUCCACUACCCCUUCCAGCACAGGGAGGUGGUGAAGAAGAAUUGAGCCAAGAUCAUGAUGUUGUGCAAGCUAAAUGUGAACAAGUCAUAGAAGAUAAUUCUCAGAUUGAGUUCCUAAAGAGCCAGCUUGCUGAUUGCCAGGAAAAGCUUCAUAAACUAGAUUGGAUGGAAGACAAACUCCAUGUUUUAGAAGAGAAACUGAAGGGAAAGGUGAUCGUAGAUGAGAAAGACUGGAAUAACAUGUUGAGUCGAGUUUUGCUUCUUGAAACAGAACUUUUGUUAUUGCAGUCCAAAAAGAGAGACUUAUCUACAGAGUCUAGCAGUAUAAAUCAAGAAUGUACUUCUAGUAGGAUUCCAGUUUCUCCUUAUACAGAGAGGAAGGAGGAGAUGCCAGAGAGUCUUCAUCAGUUGUAUGGAUACAGUUCACUAUUAUCCACAGACCCAUCUCCCAAAGCCAUGACCAUUAAUUCUUGUGGUCUGACAGACAUUUCAAAGGAGACAACAAGACAAAGAAUGGAAAGGAUAAGUAAAAUAAUUGAAGAAACCUCAGAAUUGUUGAAAACCUCAAGCACACCUCUGAGAAGACCUGAAAGCACAGGUCUUCAGACCUGGUCUCUGUAG